GGAACCACCAGUGAUUUAUUUUUAAAAAUUAAAAUCCGCGGGGAUGUACAGAAAAAGGAGGUUUAGUUUACCAAACAGUCUUAUGCGUCAUUCUGCAGGCUCAGUGCAUGCAAGGCUUGUUCUUCCUCUUCUAAAGCAUUUACUCUCGAUCGUCCUGCAAUAGAAGGAAAACAGAAUCCAUUAACACAAUAUACAUAAUGAUUUUGACACUGUUACAGACCUGUAACGAAGCUAUAAUUAUCAUGGUGAUGUUGCUAACCUGUUCUGUUUUCUUUCUAUUUCAGGGCGACCAAACAUAAACGCCUUGGAAGCUGAGGAACAAGCCCUGAGUGCUCUGAACUUACACGAUGACUUAUAAGACUUUGGUACACUAACCCCCCUUCUCCUGUAAGAACCCCCGCGAAAAAUUUAAUUUGAAAAAUAAAGAGUGCUGUGACCGUACUUCGUGUUCUCUCUUGGUGUGAAGUGUUGAGCUAACCCGGUGUGUUGCAAUUUUAGAUCUGAUCCGUUGUUCAUUAACUGCUGAUUACCCGUGCUACAUUUUUGGUGAUAGAGGUUCCUAUUGAAAAACUCAAAUCAAAACCAGAGGAACCCCCGGUGCUGCCAGUUAAGGCAACAACUACCGCAAGUCCUCGCCAGCCACCACCUUUGGAAACGUCGUCAGAUUAUGCUGUCUGGAAAUUUAGAGUACAAGCAUAUUUGCGCAAGGUACCCGCUUUCGAACAUUUCGACUACAUUGUAUCGUUCCUCAGUGACGAGGCUGUUAAACGAGCAACAGCUUAUGGGUUCUCAACAAAUAAUUCUCGAUCUAAAAACUGGAAUAUACUAGAUGAGUGUUUCUCAUUACCUGUGGACAAUCAACAGCUGACUAUCCAAUUUUUGUCACGUCAGCAAUCGGCCGGUGAAAACCCUAUCGAAUACUUGGAUCCCUUACAACAAAUUGCGGUAAAAGCGUUCCAUGAACUGGAUGUCGACAAAAGAGACGAUUUGGUAAGCUCCCGUUUCGUAGAAGGGCUCGUGCACAACCCCCUAAGAGAACAACUACUUCGAAUGCCAGCAGCAAAUACCACCCAACUGAAGAAGACCGUCCUCAGAUUUAUGACAGCAGAUAGAUUGUCCCGCCCACCAGAAGCUCCACCACAUUCACUGAUGACAGUAGGGCAUAAUAUAGAACCGAGGCAGGUAGAUAAUCUUCCGAAAGCAACAGCGAUUUCACACAUUCCCAGCCAGACUAUUAGCCGUGGGGCAUCAAACUCGACAUGGAACAAACGACCACCAUAUAAUAGUUACCACAGUCGUCAACCAAGAUGUAUGUAUUGCAGGCGGUUUGGCAGGCGUGCCUGGAGAUGUGGACACAACCGACCUCGUAAUCCAGGUGAGCCACAUAUUUAUCACUUAUCUUCAUGUCAUGUUAAUCACAUCAGCCCCACCACCCUCAAAGGUAGAGUACAAGGUGUGGAGAUUGACAUAUUGCUAGACACUGGAGCCUCCGUAUCCCUGAUUAAGGAAGCGUUCUUAAAGAGACUACACCAUAAAGUACAGCAAAAACGAUGCUCCUCAGCAUUAAUAACAGCUAGUGGGGACCCUCUUAAAGUGUGUUAUAAGACAGAGUUAGACUUAACAAUGGAGAGAUGUUCGGUUCGCCAUGAGUUUUUAGUUUGCCCUACAUUAACCUGGGACAUGAUAUUGGGCGUAGAUUUUAUGUUAAAACACCAAGUAUCUAUAUUUAUGGAUAGAUCAGAAGCUAAAAUCGGCGAGGUUACGGUACGCUUACACCAGUAUGCAGGGACAAGCAAGCCUGUAACUCACAUUGGAAUUUUAGAGCUGGUACGUCAGGUAGAGAGCAACCAAAUAAUACAGGGAAUUGACCGUCGUGCAACGGUGGCUGUGCUCCGACAGUUUAGUUCGGUGUUCGAGGAAAGCAUCUCUAGAAAUCGUACGAAUACAGUGCAACACUCUAUUUUCACAGGGGAUCACAUGGCAAUCCGACAGCCACCUCGUAGAGUACCCGUACACUACCGACCACAACUAGAGUCGAUGAUAAAGGAUAUGUUAGACAACAGGUGCGAAGCCGUACCCAUUCCGCAGCAAGACGCCCUAACGGUCGCACGCGCUUUCAUUGACCAUCGGGUUUCCCGUUAUGGCGCCCCACUCUCACUCCACUCCGACCGGGGCACGGCCUUCGAAAGUCAUCUCAUUACUGAAAUUUGCAAGUUGCUCGGAAUAAGGAAGACGCAUGCUACCGCAUACCAUCCUGAAGGUAACGGCCUAGUAGAAAGGACAAAUAGAACCAUUAAAGCUAUUUUACAAUCGUUCAUCAGUAGAUCGUCAUCCGAGUUGUGGGAUGAGGUGCUUCCUCAAUGUAUGCUCGCUUAUCGAACAUCGGUACAUGGGUCUACGGGAUUCUCGCCUGCUAUUUUACUAUUCGGACAUGAACUACGCCUUCCAGUAGAGAUUCAGUCGCCUCUGCUACCGUACGAAGAACAAGAAUACAUACCGUACAUCCGUACUCUCCGUAACCGCCUGGCUGAUGCGUACCGCUUAGUUAACAUCAACUCGCGCAAGGCUACUAACCGUCAAAAAGAGGUGUACGAUCGCCAGAUGCAAGGACCAGUAUAUAAAGUCGGAGACCGUGUCUGGCUACGCCACCCCAUGACAUCAAUAAGGAGUUAUAGUAAAUUUCACCAGCUUUGGCACGGCCCCUUCGAAAUCGUCCUCAUCCGUUCCCCCACGACUGUUGUGUUACGUAACCCGCAACGACCUCAGGACGACGUAAUAACGGUGCACUACAAUCAAAUAAAGCCAGAUCGGAUGACAGUACCUACUGAUGCUCAGUUCACAAAUCCACCACCCGCUACUAGUUUUUACGAUACCGGCUGAAGGAGGAGCAGCAUAUCCUUGUCCGAUUCCAGGCACUGAGGACAGUGCCUCAUUAGGAGAGGGGGUGGUGUAACGAAGCUAUAAUUAUCAUGGUGAUGUUGCUAACCUGUUCUGUUUUCUUUCUAUUUCAGGGCGACCAAACAUAAACGCCUUGGAAGCUGAGGAACAAGCCCUGAGUGCUCUGAACUUACACGAUGACUUAUAAGACUUUGGUACACUAACCCCCCUUCUCCUGUAAGAACCCCCGCGAAAAAUUUAAUUUGAAAAAUAAAGAGUGCUGUGACCGUACUUCGUGUUCUCUCUUGGUGUGAAGUGUUGAGCUAACCCGGUGUGUUGCAAUUUUAGAUCUGAUCCGUUGUUCAUUAACUGCUGAUUACCCGUGCUACAGACCUAUUCACUAAUAGUCUGGUUUCUCCUAUGAACAGCACGAGGGUUUCCAAUAGGCACGAAACUGGUGAGCUCUGUGAAACACAAACUUGAUUUCAUUUUCGAUUAUUAAUUUAAUUUUUUUCGCUUGAUUGUAAAAGUAGACUUACUGUUUAUCCGUAAACUAAGUUAGGCAUAUAUAUUUAUACGUAGUUUUUUAUUGUCUUAAGGUAUUCGUGCUCUAGUAAUCAUUUUUUGUACUACGUUUAUUACUAUAUUGGUCAUACACCUCAUUUCAGACUCAAUACAAACUCCGAACCUGGAGGAUUUGUCACCAGUGGACAUAGACACUGUUAUGACUACGAAAUUCCGACUUCCAGAAUUUGAUCGUAGUGAUCCUGAUUUGUGGUUUGCUCAACUAGAGCAUUAUUUCACGAGACACUAUCAAAUCUGAAGGGAUUUGCUAUAAAGACUUGUGUUCUAUCCUUCCUACUUCAGUCGCCGAAGAACUCCCUGACUUGAUUUUAAGCCCACCAUCACCACAACCAUACACCAUCUUAAAACCAGAGGUCAUGAACCGUUUAUCAUUUGUAGCGUGGUGUCGAGUUGAGCUGAACUAUGAACACCGCUACCAGACUACUUGCCAAUAGACCAAUAAAAUUCCGAUAGGCCAAAAUAUCAGAAGGCAGAUGAUUGUAGUAGUCGUAUAUAUUUGUUGGCGAUCUCGUGGUAUCGAAAGAAUACCGAGAUCGUGCCAAAGGAGUACAAGCGUGGUUACUGAGCGUAACCGGAUUCGUACAAGUUCGAAGUCAACGGGAGAGUAAGU